AUGUCGUCUUCCUUCGAUGCAUUCACCGAUGACUUGAACGUCAACCCUUCUUCAACUCACCACUUCGCUACCUCCGAUCAGGACGACACCUACUCCGGUUUCGGCGGUUACUCCAACUUCUCCGCCGAUGGUGAUGUCACUGUCGAUCACGCCGCUGAGACUUCUCCGGACAUCUUCGGAUUUAGUGAUCCGAAUCCAGGUUACUCUCCGUCUCCAUUUGAAUCCGUUUCAGUAGAGAACGGAAACGAUAACGGAAACGGUUACGGUGAGAGUGAUGGUGUUUUUGUCUCUGAUGGUCCGAUUCUUCCUCCACCCGGUGAGAUGGAGUCAGAGGAAGGUUACGCUCUUCGUGAGUGGCGCCGUCAAAAUGCCAUUGAGCUAGAGGAGAAGGAGAAAAAGGAAAAAGAAGCGAGAUUGAAGAUUCUCGAGGAAGCUGAGGAGUAUAAGGUGGCUUUCUAUGAGAAAAGGAAGCUUAAUGUUGAGACUAACAAGGUUCAAAAUAGAGAAAGGGAGAAGCUAUUUGUGGCUAAUCAAGAGAAGUUUCACAAAGAGGCAGACAAAGCUUAUUGGAAGACAAUUGCAGAGCUCAUUCCUCGUGAGGUUGCUAGCAUUGAAAAGAAGAGAGGCAAAAAAGAUCAGGAUAAGAAGCCAUCUAUCACUGUUAUCCAAGGCCCUAAGCCUGGCAAACCCACCGAUCUUUCCAGGAUGCGGCAAAUACUGUUAAAGCUGAAGCAUACACCACCACCUCACAUGAUUCCACCACCACCACCACCCGCUCCUGCUAAAGAUGCUAAAGUCGGUAAGGAUGGAAAAGAAACAUUGCCUAAAGCAACUCCUACAGCUGAAGGUGCAUCUGGAUCCCAACCAAAGGAUAUCACUUCCAACGGCCCUGCAGAGGAACCCAAGGAAGAAGCCUCUGCAACUGAGGAGCAACCUGCAGCAUAA